AUGGAUGGGUUUCCCCGUGCACGGAAGAGAUCCUAUUCAAGCAUCGAUGAAAUUGAACAGGGUGAGCAGGUUGCGCCAACGGAUCUGCUGUCGUCGGCGCCUACGUCAAAGUCCAGUCCUCUACCACAGAGACACGACUCUUCGAGUCUCAGCAUGAAGACGCCGAUGCCGACGCCAAUGCCUCUACAUCACCCAACCGCCGGCUUGCUCAGGACUCAGUCGCCCUUGGUGGGACAACAUCUAUUGUCGAUGCCCAUUUACUUCCAUCGGGCGUCAACAAACCCCCUGGCUCGGAUGACUCUCAAUGCACCUCUCCCUCACUCUUACGGCUCGUGUGUGAGUCUUGAUCCGGCUUCUCUUUCCCCGAUCCCAGACCCGGUCGCCGUCGCAGAAAUCAAACGCCUGACCCCUGAAGUUCUCAAGCGAGCUGGGUACAAAGAUUUUGCUGAAAUGGUCGAAGCGUUGAUGGCAGACGGGCCCGGCACGACUCCACCCUCACAUGAAGUAAAGCCACCAGCGCUGGCAUCGGAUCAAAUCAACGGUGGCAUCUCGCGAGGGUACACGGUGGAAAUGGCAGGAGCAGAGUUCGACGCCUUCUUGAGUCAGAUGACGGAGGAAGAUCUCAAGGAUACUCCUGUAAUAGGGGAGCAUGUCGAUCCAGAAAGCAGUAAAUGA